AUGGUUCAGAUGUACACUGUCGCCGGCCGCCAGAUCGGCUCCCACUACCUGGCCAUGGGUGUUCUUGCCACCCUCUUCGGCGGCGCUAUCUACGGCACCAGCGGCGGCAGCAAGGCCAACAAGGCCACUGCCAUCCCCCCCAUCAACGCUGCCAGCUCCGACGAGGCCGACUUCAUCAAGAAGUUCUUGGACAGCGCCGACAAGGACGAGAAGGCGAAACACUAA